GUAGGGAGGCGUGUGUGACAUUUGCUGCAUGAUGCUAGUUUAUGAACAGCUAGCUGGAUAAAGAUGAAGACCUGGGCAAGGAAAUAGAACAAAUUAGCUUUUUAACAACUAAGCUUACUUUUGGGUUACACUUUGUUAUCGUACCCAUAUUAGGGGAGCGAGUUUAUUUAAAUGUAGCGUUUGAUCAAACUUCCUGUCAGGCUUAAUACGUUAAUUAACAGUUAGUAAGCUAACACUUUUAACGUAUACUGUACAUAUUCCGGUUUAGGUACUGUUUGUGUUUUUGCGCUAAAAAUGUAUCAGUUAACUUCGCUCGUAUGGGUGGACGUUAGCGCUUAAGCCGACUUGGCCCUUUUGCACACAAGGUUAACAUUAGCUUUAGCCAGCUAGCUCCUCUUGCUGCAGCUUUAUUACUUUCUUAUUUUACUUGUCAGGGCAGGUAUGCUUUGGGAUUGAUAGGGUCUGCAUCUUAAACACAGAGUGAGUCCUACAGCCUACUUCAGGGAUCAUUUCAGUUACUUUAGUGGAGCCAGAGGUGGAACCAUGCUGCUCUCCUUGGUGGUGCACACAUACUCGCUGCGGUACUGGUUUCCAGCCACGGUCAUGCUGGGGACAGCUCCAGCUUACAUCCUGUCAUGGGGAGCAUGGCGAUUACUUUCCACUGUCUUACCAGCAAGGGUAUAUCACAGGUUGGAUGACCGGUUGUACUGCAUGUACCAGAGCAUGGUCCUGUUCUUCUUUGAAAACUACACAGGGGUGGAGGUUAUUAUAUACGGAGAUAUACCAAAGAACAAAGAGAACGUGAUCUACCUGUCCAAUCACCAAUGUACAGCUGACUGGAUCAUUGCGGACAUGCUGGCCAUCAGGCAGAGCGCCCUUGGCCACGUCAGAUACGUCCUUAAAGACGGCCUCAAGUGGCUCCCGCUGUACGGAUGGUAUUUCUCUCAGCAUGGAGGAGCCUACGUGAAGCGAAGUGCAAAGUUCAAUGAAAUAACGAUGAAGAAGAAGCUCCAAACCCAGACUAAAUGUGGAGCACCAAUGUACCUCGUCAUCUUCCCUGAAGGAACCCGGUAUAAUCCGGAGCUCAAGAGUGUUAUCACUGACAGUCAGGCUUUUGCCACCAAAGAAGGACUGGCUGUCCUGAAGCACACACUGACUCCCAGAAUGAAAGCCUCUCACAUCGCCCUCAAUGCCAUGAGUGACCACCUUGACGCCAUCUAUGACGUCACAGUGGCCUACGAGGGGACUCUGAGCGCCUCGGGUCAGAGAAGACCUGCACCAUCGAUGCCCGAAUUCCUGUGCAAAGAAUGUCCCCGAGUCCACAUAUACUUUGACCGCGUGGACAUAAAGGAAAUUCCUUCCGAGCCACUGUUUUUCCGCAGGUGGCUGCAUGAGCGGUUUGAAAUCAAGGACCGGCUGCUGACGGACUUCUACGAGUCGGAGGAUGCAGACAAAAUACGCACGUUCCCGGGGGAAGGCAAACAUUCUCCUCUGAGCCUUUCUAAAACCCUCCCGUCCAUGGUGAUCUUGGGUGGGCUGACACUGCCGCUGCUGCUGACGGAGAGCGGCAGGAAGGUGUACGUGGCGACCUGGCUGUACGGGACUUUGCUGGGCUGGCUGUGGGUCAACGCUUUCCCCUAACCAGGCAGCUGCUGCUGCUGCCACCAUGAGACGCACAAAAGCCAUGGAGAGACCUCGCCAUUUCCCUGCAUCGCUACAACACGAGGUGUGUUCCAGAUGCAGCGACUGCUAAGAGGCUCAGAGAUUUACCCCUCAUGUCUUGCUCAGUGUUGACCUUGAGCUAAAGUUGAACAGAGAUACGGAGAAAUGUCAAGCUUUUUGUGCUACUUGUUACCUCGCGUUACUUGGAUUUGCAGCCUGAAAUGAGGAAAAGGAAAGAAUCAGUGGAUAUGGUGAAAAGUAUUAGAUUCCUCAGAAUAGCCCUUGUAAUCUACUAUCAAAUAAAAAUAAAUGAUAUAUACUUAUCUUAAAAGAAUUCCCCCAAUCAGAUUUAGCCAAAUUAGUAUUCUUCAUGCAUGCUUACUUUCCCAUCAAGCAUUGGCUUUAAAUAUAGUUUUAAAUAUGACAUAUAUAUGACAUAUAUAUAUAUAUACAUAUAUAUAUAUAUAUAUGAGAAUAAAUUAGGCUACAAACAUGUUUAAUGAUCAUGUUCAGCUGCUCCAUGUAGCUGAGAGUACACCAGCCUACUGAUGAUGCAUCAUUAAUUAUUAAAGUGCACUGACUCUUUGACAUUGGUUGUAAUGUUAUUUAUGCCAAGUCCCAUGUUCAGAGGUUAGUGCACUUUGCUCAUUUUAAGUGAUAUUUUUACAAGAGUAAAACAAACAUAGAUAGCAUGCAGUCCCCUAUAAGGGCUCAUAAACACCAGCUGCAUUGUUUACCAUAAAUAUUAACGAGAUGUCACUUUGUUUUAUAUUCUGAUGAUGAAUGUAGCUGUUAAACAGUCUCAUUUAUGCAUAAUGAUAAAGUAAAUGUUUUAUUUUUAUUUCCAAGAUUUUGAUUUGACAAAUAUUCUUUGAGUCUUUGUUGCAGAAACACUGGCAGACACCACAGUGAGCUCACAUGGAAGAAUGCGUGUUUAAAAACAACUGUUCCGAUAUUGCUUUAACCUUGAAAUGUAGAUCCUUGCCAAAACCCGGUGUUAUUUAUCAUGAUGUUCUACACGUGUUUUAUUUUGAGCAAUACUUGUUUAAUGCCAGCCUGGAUGACAGCAAAGAAACUUUCUUGGGGCCUAUAUACAUAAUAAUGAGUUAUUUUAUAAUGGUUUAUUCAGAGUUCCAUAACUUUUAUAUGCAUUUACUACUUUGAAUACCAUGUUACAGCUCACACGAAAGUGUCUACCUAGCAAAAAGCUGACAAAGCCAUGUAUAUCACAGGUUCCUGUGCACUCGAAGCCAUUUGUAUUAUAAAUGUCACUGUAAUGUUAAAGCAUUGUCCAUUGUUGUUGUUUACUGUACUGAAACCAUUGCAUUUUUCCACGAGUCACUUUACAUGUUUGCUGUCUCGUCCUUGUGUAGAGUUAGUCUGAUAUGUUUUUCUCAUGGUACAGUAAAUCAUACUUUUUACAUGUCGUUCCGAUACCUCACUUGAAUAAUAUCCUUCCUCGUUCUUAAAUGCCUCUUGUCAGCCAUUUUGUAGUCAUUUUUAUCCUGACAAGAUCAGACUGUACCUCAUCAGGAAACCUCUAUAUAGACCGAAUUUAGAUGCCAACGUAUUUUGGAAAUGUGUGCCUUCUCUUUGGAGGAGUUGGUCCUCAGCCCUCUCUCUCACGAGGCCCACAGUGGCUCUUUUCCACCGGGUGACUGCAUGGAAGCCUGCGGUCACAUUGUCUACAGUUCAUAGUGGCUUAUUUUGCUUGAAGAAUGCAUUGAUUUUCACUUUUUGAAGAUUAUUAUUAUCAAACGAUGAAUCCUUUAAUGUAUGUGAUUUCUGGAAAUGGGGUAGAGUGAAAUAAAAUGGUUUUCUUUGGAGAGUAAA